AUCAAGCGAGUCGUGGGACUCGCCGGGGAUAUUAUAGGCACUCACGGAUACAAGAUCAGUGCCCUUCAAGUAUGGAUACAAUAUGUAGAAGUGCCGGAAGGCCACUGCUGGCUGGAGGGAGAUCACGUUGGACAUUCUAUGGACUCUAAUACCUUUGGGCCGAUAUCUCUGGGUCUGGUAACGGCGAAAGCUACUCAUAUAGUUUGGCCGCCAAAUCGAUGGCAACAUUUACAUCCUGCGAAACCUAAUCAUGAGGGCUGUUAGCUUUGUAAAGAGAUUGCAAUGGGAAUUACCCGGUACUGUAUGCAGGCAUGGCUUAACUAUAGGAGAUGUUGAUAACGAUGGUGAUAAUGAACUAGUUGUUGGCACUGUUGAAGGAGAACUUUAUAUCUUCAAGGGAUCAGAAUUAUGGCAGAAGAUAACUGGCCUCGGUCUUAUAACUAGUGUAGCAAUUGGAGAUAUUUUUAAUUACGGACGCAAUGCACUUGUGGUCAUCUGUGGCGAUGGAUGGACGCAUAUAUUUUACAGCCCGAGAUCUGUCAAUCCCAACAAUCCUAACUUGCUUGUGGGCCAACAUAUUGGUAAAGAUACAAAUGAGCAAGACAACUUCAAAACAAGUACUGGAUAUAUUUGUGCAGACGUAGGAAAUUUCCAAAGCACGGAACACGUUGACAAUACUAAUGAAAUAAAUGAACUCUCUGGGAAAAUGGAAUGUGUGCAUGUACAAAGAAUCCCAACUAAUACAAAGACAGUGCUGAUAGCUGAUGUCGAUAAAGAUGGUGCUAAUGAGAUGAUACUUGGUCUGACAGAUCGUGUUGUGAGAUCUUACAGAUGGUCAAGUAACGCUGACUUAGAAACAGGAAAGUUAGUUGGCCUAAAUAAAUGGGAGUGCACUAAUCAAAUAGGCACGGUUACGUUGCAACAUACUGGUGAUGGUACGCCAACUCUACUGGUUGCACAACCUGGCGGUACAUUCAUGCGGAUUAAGUGCAAUCCUGAAGAUUGUCAAUCAAAGAAUAGUUCCUGCGAGGCUGUAGAUUAUCAGACAUUAGGGAUAUCUAGGAUGCGCAAUCAAAAUAUUUCAACGGAGAUUAUCGGAGAUUUAGAGCCGGGAGUAACGCCGUUUAUCUCGACGAUCGAACCUAAAAUGUCUAGUUACAUACUCAAAGAUAAGUUGCCGAAGCAAAGUUUCACUGAUGAUAGCCAACUAGACGUGAAAACCUUCAAACCUGCAUCGCUCGAGUUCAAAAGGAACUACUCGCAACCGGCAUUUCGAAAGAAUAGUCUGGAUAUGGCCGGCGAGUAUGGUAGAGAUUUUACAGCAGAAAAUCCGGGACCAGUUAGAUUUUAUAGUCCCGUCGAGUCUUCAAGCACUGAUGAAAUGGAUGGCAACUUUAUUGGUGGCAAUGUUAUUCUCGGACAAUACGAUAGUAAACCUAUGAAAGAUACAUUGUUACCAUCUUUUAAAAAUUUCUCCCACAAUAAUAAUAAUAACAAUAAUGGAAAUAAUAGUAAUAAUAACAACAGCAGCAAUAUCAAUAAAUCGAAUGAACAGGAUGAAAUCAUAAAAGAAGACAUGGAUUCAAAUAAUGAAGUCAUUAGUAAAAAUGCUCCAAAAGGGAAACCUUAUGCCUUGGCAACGCUUGAUGGAACUAUUAUGUUGGUACAAGAUGAGGUAAUUUUAUGGGCUAUGCAAGUAGAUCAUCAGAUAUUCGCUCUGUGUCGACUGGACGUCACAGGCGAUAGUUCUGACGAGAUAAUCGCCUGUGCCUGGGAUGGUCAGACCUACAUCUUGGAUCAACAACGACAUAGCGUGCGUUUUCAAUUCGAAGAACCGGUCAGAGCUUUUUGCACAGGAAAUUAUAACGUGAUUCCGGGAACGUCUAGCCCCAGCCUAGUGUAUAAUACCUUCAGUAACAAGAUUUUUCUUUAUUAUGACGUCACUCUGCCAAGCAUGACGAUCACUCCUUUGAAUCCCAUGAAGGACUGUGAGUCUGACGAAACGCACGUCUUAGAGAAAUUACUGGGCGAGUGUAAUAUAAAUGACAAACAGCAAAAGAUACAACAGUUAACUGAAUGGUUGCUGUAUGGCGUACAGUAACAUAUGGCAGGCAAACGUUAUUACAAUUAUAUAUAUAUAGAGCGUGAUUCUUAUGUAUCAUUACAUCUGUUUUAAAAAUCGGCUUAUAUAGGCAAAAAUGUGUAAUAAAACAAACAUAUUCUGGUA